CAGCAAAGGAGCAGCCCUCUGGAAGGUGUGUCUGGGAGGGAGCAGACGACUGAAUAUAUUAAAUUAGCACUGCAACGCAAAACAGCAAGCGACGCGAGCAGGAAGAAGUCUCCACAUAGCCGUGAGGAGGUCUUUCUCAUUGCUCCUCUGGUCUCCAUUCAGAGUUGUGACGCCUCCUGUAAGGAGAUGAGUGCAUGACCAGUCGUAUGUAGCCUUGUUCUUUGUCCUGAAAUUCCAUGGAAUCCCGGCGCCUUUAAAACUAGGAGGAAGCCCUGGGGAGUAAAUGGCCACCGCCGCUGAUACAGAACCGAAAGCCACAACAUGGUGCAAUUAUUUCUUUCUUUAUGAUACGUCAAAAGUUAAAGAAGAGGAGGAUCCAACAAGAGCUGGUAUCUGUUAUUUUUUCCCUUCACAGUGUCUGCAGUACUUUGUUAAUGAACUGCCGUGCUGAUGGAGAUCAACUAUCCCAACGUAAAGUGACAGAAAACAGACGGAAGUCAUUGUCUACAUUGGCACAAAUGAGAAAGACUACUGUUGACCAACAGGAAUUGUUGUGUGGGCAGAUAGCUGGUGUAGUUUGCUGCAUCAGUGAAAUUUCUGGAUCGCCGCCCAGUUUAAUCCACCUGCGAAAGCUGAAGUUUGCUAUCCGGUUGGAUGGGGAGUAUCUCUGGGCUCUUGGAUGUGCUAUAGAAGUCCCUGAUGUGAGCUGUAAGCGAUUUCUGGAUCAACUUAUAGGCAUCUUUACAUUUUACAAUGGAGCCAGUAAGCAUGUAUACCAGGCACAGAACCCAGAGGAACUCGCCCGUCAGUGGGAUUGGUACAUGGAGCACAUUCAACAAAACAGCUGUGACCUGCACCAGACUUUCAACUCCUUAUGUAACCUCGACAAGUCUGAAGUGGAUCCCCUGCUGCUGCUUAAAGCUGCCCUCAUCUUACAGACCUGUCAGCGCUGCCCAGAGACCCUGGCUGGUUGCAUCCUUUAUACAAACCUAAUUGUCAGCACUCAGCUUCCACCUGCAAUAACAGCGAAAAUACUGGCAUAUCAACCCAGUGUUAACAGUCAGAAUCUUCCUGAGAAUACAGAAGAAGCACCGUUACCCAAGGAUGUAACAGUUUUAACUGUAUUUGUUACUAAAGAGGAGUCUGCAGCUGUGCGGAAAUUCCCAGUUGAAUGGAUGCACGGGUUAGCCGAGUCACCGAAGCCAGAUUUGACUGACGAGGAGAUUCAGAAACGGGCUCGCUCCAGAACGCUGUCAGCCAAUUCAAAUGCUGAGGAGAUAAGUGGUGAGGUCAAGCACUCUGAGGUGAAGUGCGGAAACAGCACUGAGCUUGAGAACCCACAUCCAAAUUCCAAAGACAGUGAUAGACCAGCAGAUUCCGUGGAUCUUGCCCAGAACUGCAAAGAAGAACAUUCUGUACAGCUUCAUUCAAUGGAGGUUGGUGAGAAGUCUUCAAUGAGUGCAAACUCUCAUGCCGAGAACAAAAUCCCAUUUCCUACCACUCCUGAAGCCUGUUCCCCUCUUGGCAGCUCUUGCUUUUCACUACAAUUGGAUGAGGAACAGCCUGGCUCAGUUUCCAAGGAUCUCUGUGUGGAAUUGAAAGAAAAUGGAAAUAAUGAGCACACUGAAAAAGAAACAACACCACCUGAAAGAAUUAGUGGUUCGUCAGAUAGUGAAUCCACUGGAGGAAUUUCUAUCUCUGACUCUCCAAAAAUGCAACUUGUUUCUGAAUCUGAAGGUGAUGAGAUUCACAAUCAGAAAGAGGCCCGUGUCAUCUCUCCUGUCACUGCCCAAACUGUACCUUUACAUCAACACAGGAAUUUGCUGCAUGGUGAUGCUGUCUUGUCUCAAGGAACCUUGUUUAGAGACUCCUCUCACCUUUCACUUCAUACAGAAUAUAGAGAAGAGGGUGCAGAAGUUAAGCAGACUGCAACAAUUAAGAAUGGAAGCCUGGGAGAACCCAACGACUGUGGAAAGCUGGUGAAACUGAAUUUGUAUGUUCAUGUGGUGAAAGGAUUGGUAAUGUUUCUUCUGACUGAAGAUGGAUUUAGAGCCAAUCGCAGUGCUAUUGAAGAUGUUUAUCACAGCACCCUGGCAUCUUUAAAUGGCCUAGAAGUUCACCUGAGUGAGACGUUACUCAGCAAGAGCUACUGUAACUUACUUGGCUACAACUUUGCACAUUAUGACUGCGUUCAGCAUAUACUCACAGCUCAGCUUUCCUCUGAUGAUCAGAAGGGUCACUUCAUUAGAGCAACGGCAUUGAUGCACGCUGACUUGGACCACAGCAAGACCACUCAUGAGAUGAUUGUCCGGAAUGCCUCCACUGCUGUUUACAGCUGCCAGAACCCAGCCCAGGAAACUCACUUCCAGAUCCUUGCAAUGGCCCGCAACUCUGGCGUUCCGAACCCUCGUGACAGUGCCUUUGCUUUGCCAGGACGAGCCAGGCAGAAACUGUUAAAAUAUGGAGUAAACCUGCUGUGAGUCGCAGCAGUCUCACAGAUUUUCCCAGCAGUGUUACACGUACAAAUGCUUACACUUUUUUUAAUUGAAAAGAACAACUGGUUCUUUAAGUCACAUGCUCGCCCUACCUGAUUGUAAUGUCUAAUGAUUGUAUCAUAGGCUGUGUGUUCCUCCAGUAUAUUUGCUUAAGUGUACUAAUGAUUGGAGAUUUGUAGGAAUUUUCAGUGGGGAUGAGUGUAGGAAGAAGUAAAGAAACACAUCACACAGCAAGCCUUACUUGAAGCGAGGUUUUCUGACAUUGUGCAUGAAGAAUCAAUGGACCAGCCAAAACCAUAAGUAAGACUAUCUGUGUGUUGAAAAAAAGUACAUGGCUUUUAAAAUGUAGAAAACUCCUAAGCAGACUUGCAAUUUAUUUUACUGUCCCGUCCACACACCUCAUCUUUUCAAUGGUUUUGAUUUAAAUGUGAUUAAAAUUUGUCCUUCAGCCAUAAGAAGAAAGUUCCUAUUUAUUCAAAUUUGUGGAAGUGUUGAUUCCCUACGUUUCUGAUCAGCCUGAUAACUUGGAUUUAUGUAGUGCCUUUAAUGUAGUCAAAUGUCCGAAAUUUGAUACUAAACUACAUAAGGAAACGUUAAGAUGUAAACAAAAGUUUUGUUAUUUGAAGAGAUGGGUUUUAAGGAAAAUGUUUGGGGCAUAGGUGGUUGGGCAGUGCAGUGCAGAAUUUCAGAGCUUCAGGCUUGCUGAAAUAUCCCAAUUUUUAACAUUCCCAUUCCUAUGUAAAUGUUAGGAACUCAAGGCCAGAGGAUGUAAGUUUAGGGAGAGGAGUAAGUGGUUCAGAGGAGAGCUGAGAAAAGCUCCUUUCACCCAGAGGGUGGUUGAAAUAUGGAAAGUGCAGCCUGAGAAGGUCUUUGAGAUAGACACUCUCACAACAUUUUAAGAAGCUUCUGGAUGAGCACUUAAAAUGCCAGAAUAUAGUAGGGUAGGGACCAGGUGCAGGAAAAUGGGAUUAGGUGUUGUUUGUGUUUGGUCAGCAUAGACAUGGUGGGCUGAAGGGCCUGUUUCCAUGCUGGAUCACUGUAUGACCUAGAAGUGGGAGUAGGCCAUUUGUCCCCUUCAAGCCUCCACUGCCAAGAUCAUGGCUGAUCUGAUUGUAGUCUCAACUCCACUUCCUUCUCUGAUUGUCAGAUUCCUUGACUCACUCAAAUCUAUUGGAAUCAGCCUUGAAUAAAUUCAAUGGCAAAGCCUCCACUACUUUCUGGGGAAGAGAAUUCUGCAGAACAAUAAUCCUCUAGAUGAACAAAGUCCUCUCUUCUGUCUCUGAUCCUCGAACAGUGUCCCCUGGUACCAAUCUCUCCCAACACUAUUACAAUACUUGUAAAAUAUUGUUAAUAGUUUUUUUAAAAUCUUUUUUUCUGUGGGGAAGUUCUGUGGAUGCUGACAAUCUUCUGAUGUAUAGCCCAUGUGUUCACGCGUCUUGUUGACUUCAAUGUUUAAGGACAUUACAAUUAACUCUGAUUCAACAAUCAGUUAUGUACUUCUUUCGGGGGUGAGAAUUACUUGACUUCUGCUUGCCCCCAGCCAAAAGGCAUUGAAGCUACUACCAGCACACUGCCUUUACUGAGAUACAACGAAAUUUUCCAUUUCUGUUCAGUUUUGCACUUUACACAUGCUGUAGCAGAUACGAGAGAUAUUAGGAAUAUUGAUAGCUAGUAAUGGUAACUGCUUUUCUCAAUGUUUAUAAGUAACUUGAGAUUUAUUACAAAUUGAAGAGUGGAAUAAAGGAGAGCGAAACUACACACGCCAUUUAUAGUAAAUUGAAAACAAUAACGUAUAUAAAUGAAAUGUAAAAUGUUUUAAUUUUUGGGGUAGUGUUAGUGAGAAUGGAGGUAAACAGUGGAUGUGUAUCUUACUGCUGAAUGGUCCUAAAGAAAUGCAUUUCACUGUUAGACACUCAGCAUCCUUUUUAUGGCUUACCAGCAAUUUGGUGUUUACAUUUUUACUUCUCAGUUUGUUACUUGCAUCUUGGAACUGCUGAAAGUUUGAGAGACCCAGAAUCUAAGUUAAAGAUUUGUCUUACUGACCUCUGCAAGGUCAUAACCUACAGUUUGCCCAUUAUGAUUGGGAGCUGUAUUGAGAUACUCUGCAGGUAUUCGGUAAUUUAAUACUCAAAUCCUGGAUCUGGUUACUAAUUGAUGGUUGUGGUGAAAAGGUGUCUCCAGCAGGCAAACGAUUCACUUAUCCCGCGUUGAAUUCAUUAGAAAAGUAAAAUGAAUGAAGUAUUGCACUUAUGACAAACUAGAGGAAGGUCUCUUAGACUUAAUUAUACACUGAUUACAUUAUUCUAGCAUUAUGCCGAAAAUAAUAGAUUGAUGGAACAAUUCAGUGGGAGUUCAUUGAACAAGACAAUAUAAAUUAUCUUAUAUAUAUCAUAGAUAAUGGGAACUGCAGAUGCUGGAGAAUCCAAGAUAACAAAGUGUGGAGCUGGAUGAACACAGCAGGCCAAGCAGCAUCUCAGGAGCACAAAAGCUGACGUUUCGGGCCUAGACCCUUCAUCAGUAUAUAUCAGUAGUUGGUGGACUUUGUCACCCAACAGGUAGCUGAAGUUGAAAUAUAUUGUAAAAAACUGAAUUUGAUAGGGUUUUGUUUUUAAAUCCUAAAAGCUUUUGAGCUAGGUUUUUUCCAACAUUAUAGCGUAAUGGAAAUUUAAGCUCAAUAUUCUCUCAUUUUAUCAUAUUAACUGAUACUGUAAAUUUGAGUGUACCACCUUACUGCUAUUCCUGUGGUAUGUAUUCAUGUGGUAUGGUACAUAAUGCUAGAAUAAUGUAAUCAGUGUAUAAUUAAGUCUAAGAGACCUAGUAAACAAUGUGCCACAGCUAAUUGCCACUCGACAUUCUCCCCGUGUCUGUGUGGAUUUCCUCUGGGUGUUCCGGUUUCCUCCCACAGUCCAAAGGUGUGCAGGCUAGGUGGAUUGGCCAUGCUAAAUUGCCCGUAGUGUUCAGGGGUGUGUGGGUUAUAGGGGGAAUGGGUCUGGGUGGGAUGCUCCAAGGAGUGAUGUUGACUUGGGCCGAAGGGCCUGUUUCCACACUGUAGGGAAUCUAAUCUAAUCUAAUCUAGUCUAGUCUAAUGCUGACCACAAUACUGUGACAACCACAUGGACAUCUGUGUCCUCCUUUGUUAUUUAAACUUGCUCUUCCUCAUUUGUUCAAUCUGCUGUCUACUAUCAUCUCCUCAGCCUCAGUAGCUGAGGGAAAAGGAUUGUGUGGUCUAUGUUUUAAAACCCCAACUCCACCUAAUCCAACUAUAGUGUCGGUGGCUCAGUGGUCUGCACUGCUGCCUCACAGCACGAGGGACCCGGGUUCAGUUCCACCCUUGGGCAGCCAUCUGUGUGGAAUUUGCACAUUCUCCCUGUGUCAGUAUGAGUUUCCUCCAGGUGCUCUGGUUUGCUCCCAUAAAGACGUGCAGGUUGGGAGGAUUGGUCGUGCUAAAUUGCCCAUAGUGUCCAGGGAUGUGCAGGCUAGGUGGGUUAGCUGUGGGAGAUGCAGGGUUACAAGGAUAGGGUAGGGGGUCGAGUCUGGGUGGAAUACCCUUUGAAGGGGCAAUGUGGACUUGAUGGGCAGAAUGGACUGCCUCUACACUAGGGAUUCUAUGAGUCUGUAGUAGACAUGCACUCCUGUUAUACUUUUAAAUUUUUACAACUUUAGUACAAGGUUGCACUAUUGGAAAAUACUGUAUGCGCUACAAUUUGGCUGAUGAAUUACUGUUAUACAACUAAAUAUUAGUUAUAUUUCUUAACUGUCAAAUUGUCUCAACAAUGCAGGAUGUUUGUUGAAUUGUAGAAUUUUAUAUGAAAAAUCUGGUGUCUAUAAACUUGUGUAAAAUGCCUCCUGGGUUUCAGGUCAAAGUGCUGUGUUCUCACAUCAGUGCAAUAAAUUGAAUAUACAGUGCUCACCAAGUGCAUUUCUUCAAACAAAGUAUUAAAUUGAGGAGCAGGAGCAGGCCCUUCUGCAGAAUAAUUACCAAAUGCUUUCUUUUACAGUACGUCCUGUAGUAAUGUUUUAUCAAACUGAUGCUUCCACCAAAUUCAUGAUUUAACUUGUCUUCUGUGGUCAGCAGCUUGGAUUUAUUUAGUGUUCAUAGAGCCGUAAAACAUCACGAGACAAUUCACAAAAGCAUUAGCAAAUCAUUGAGUCAAAGAGUUGUACAACAUAGAAACAGACGCUUCAGUCCAACUCAUCCAUGGCAACCCAAUAUCCUAAAUCAAUCUAGUCCCAUUUGCCAGCAUUUGGCCCAUAUCCCUCUCAACUCUUCCUAUUCAUAUACCCACCCUCCACUUUCUCUGGCAACUCAUUCCAUGCACACACCACCCUCCUGUGUGAAAAGUUGCCCUUUUAGGUCCCUUUUGAAUCUUUCCCCACUCACCUUAAAAAUGUGCCAUCUAGUUUUGGACUUUCCUUUCCUGGGGAAAAAGACCUUGGAUAUUCAACCUACCUGUACCCCUCAUGAUUUUCUACACCUCUAUAAGCUCACCCACAACCUCCAAAUUUCCAAGGAAAAUAGCCCUAACCCAUUCAACACCUCACUUGAGCUCAAAUGCUCCAACCCAAACAAUGUACUUGUAAACCGUUCCUGCGUCCUUUCAAGUUUAACAACAUCAUCUUUCCUGUAGCUGGGAGACCAGAAUUGAUCAGUGUUCCAAAAGUGGCCAAACCAAUGUCCUGUACAGCCGCAACAUGACCUCCCAACUCCGGUACUCAAUGCGCUGACCAGUAAAAGCAAGUGUACCGGAUGCCACCUUCACUACCCUAUCUACCUGUGAGUCCUUCUCAGGAGUCUACUAUAAGUGUAUAAGUCCUGCUCUGAUAUACGUUUACAAAAUGUGACACCUCACAUGAUACUGAUCUACAUAAAGAACUAUGAGGAUAGCUGACUAAAAGCUUGGUCAAAGAGGUAAAUUUUAAACAGCAUCUUAAAAGACAAGAGGUCCCAGAAAGGAAUUCCAGAAUUUAGGUACAUGGCAGCUCAUGACACCCAGUAGCGGAGCAGUUUUUCCUCUGAUAUGCAUUUCUUUAGUCAUCCAUUAUUUUUGUCCAAAUGAGAAUGACUUACUCAUAGACCAUUUAGCUGGGGAAGCCUUGGCACUGGAUUGAUUUUUAUUCAUUAUUCAUGGAAUAAAAUAAAAUAAAAACAAAAUAGAGCUGAUACUGCACAUCUGAAGCAAAACAAAGCGCUAAGGCCAUGCCAACAGCACCUGUGGAAAUAAACAACUGCAGAAAUAAAGGGACCCCAGUUCAAUUCUAGUCUGUGUAGAGUUUGCACGUUCUCCCUGUGUCGGCGUGAGUUUCCUCUGGGUGCUCCAGUCUACAGUCCAAAGAUGUGCAAGUUAGGUGGAUUGGCCAUGGGUAAUAUGGGGAUAGGAUAGUGGUCUAGAUUAGAUUAGAUUCCCCACA